UACUGUCGCUUCUUCAAAACUUCCGUACUAAAUCCACAUACACAUACACACGUGUGAUCGCUUCAGAAAUGAGUGAUCACACCAAAAGAAGAGUUGUGCCGUGGAAAAACAGGAACGAGUUUGAGUGUGUCUACAAUGAGAUUUUUGGUGAUAAUUCCCAGCUACAGACACAUGCUGUUGGGAGGAUUGAUGUCUGGAGAAGCAGGGCUUUACACAAAAUUCCAGUAGCCAUUGACAGCACAGCAGCCAUCGUUCAUGCCAAGCUUUAUCACCAGAAGGCAGUUCAGUCAAAACAAGAUCGGCAACAAGAUAAUGAGAUACGCUCUUCAUACAGCCUGGCACUUAUCAGAUUUGUCAAUCACAUAACUGAAAAAAGACAGAUAGGGGAGUAUGCCCAGCCUGUCCAUGUGCUGGCUAGCAAGGUUGGUGUGCCUGAGUGGAUUGUAGAACUGCGACAUGAUGCCACCCAUCGACACCUGCCACCUCUUCCCAUGCUUGUUUCAGCAUGUGAUUGGGCACUUUCCUGGCUCAAGAAUGAAUUUUGGAAAAAGCAGCUGAGUUCCAUGGCACAGAAAGUUGAGAGGAAGAAUACUGAAAACUCUGCUGAUAAAUUUGAUGUUAAAGGGCUCCUGGAAAACUAUGAGCAGCAGAAGUUUCAGAAAACAAACAAAGACAAUUCCUGGAAAAUUGUAAAAGACUUGGAAAAAUUUCCCAUUGAAAAUAGACAGGAGUUAGUGGCCUGCCUGGUAGAAGAUGGCUUUAUGAUACCUACUCGUGAGCAGCUACAAGCUUUAAGGAUUCCUCCUUCCAAGUUGGACAAGCCAGGCUAUACUCUUCCACACAUGAUUAUAUCAUUCUGGAAACCUGUCCUUCAAUUCCUUCAUCAAGUUAAUCUCACUAACAGUCUCUUGAUAAAGUUGACAUCAGAAAUAUCAACAGAAUCCUGUAGACGGAACUACACAAUGUGUCGUUGGAUUAACACUAUAGUUACAGCCAAUGGACAAGCUGGUGCCAAGAAUUUAAGUCAAACUCCGACAAGACUGUAUCAGCAGUCAGUAUCCUUGACUUUUCGUCCUCUACUGCGGUCACUCCUCAAUAAUUUGUGUGGCCAUACCAUCCCCUUAAUCAAAAGAUUAUUAGACCUUGGAAAAGAGAAAGGAGAGUAUUCACAGACCCAGGUUACAAUGUUAAAUACUCUUAUAAACAAACUGAAGCCAUCUUCACCUAAAGGACAGUCACUAUUCAUAGGGGAAGGAGAAAGUGAUGAUUUGGAUCAGACAGUAUUCACAAGGGAGGGAGAGACUGAAGAUCUGGAGGCUGUAUACUCCGGGGAUGGAGAAAGUGAUGAUCUGGACCAGACUCUCUCCACAGGGCAGGGAGAAAGUGACAAUCUCGAACAAACUUUACCUUUGGUGCAGGAUGGAACUGAUAUGGUUUCACCUGGAGGACAGGGAGGAACAAAUACACAGGAGGACCGGGAUAAAGCUAUAUACAGGGUGCAAGAUUUAAAAUCCCGGAAAAGGAAAUUAGAAGCUUCAGAAGAUGACAUUCCUGUAAAAGUGGCAUCACGGAAUGUUUGUGCCCAUUUAAACUGGCAGUUCUAUGAAGAUGAAGUGGAUUGGUCACAGAUUCCGAUUGGAAUACUUCCUGGCCAAUCUUUGGAUUACUUGACCCUCGACCUAUCAACAAAUAUUGAGGAAAGUUUCUCUAACGACAUAUCAAUGACCGUCGAUGAAGAUUUUGAUGACAAUGAAGAGUCAAGUGGUGAAGAAGAUACGAAUAAGGAAAUAACAUGUUCUGAAGAGACUUGCCAUCCAGAUAAAGGAACUGUCCCGAGCUCCACGUGGACCUCCCAACAGAUGGCCAAAAUAAAACGUGGUGUCCGACUUUUGUGAUACUAAUGCGAAACAAUAUGUUAUGCUUAUCAAAUAUAGGAUGCACAUCGCUAUGUUAUGCUAGGUGAAUUUGAUUAAAAUAAAUUAAGUCUUUGAUCAAACGAAAAUUACGAUUUGUUGAUGUAGUUAGCAUUACUUUUAUCAUUGUAGUGAAGAUCACAAAUGCUCUCUUUUCCCACAGUAGUGUGUGAAAUCAGUGUUCUGGCGAUCUCGCUACAUCAAUACUCACUUUUAUUUUGUUUCGAAAGCAAAUCUGAUAAGCGGAUUCCAUCUUCAGUCACUGGUACCAGUAAACGAAAAGAUAAAUUGGCUGUGUUAA